AUGGGCGCUGAUGCAGAGGUGGUCCGUGACUUCAGCAGGUCUCCAAGAGUCUUUUUCUUUGCUGCAGGUGGCACCACCGCUUGCCCUUCGUCUCCAACCACUGACGCGCUGGCAGCGCUCCCUUCGUCCUCCACUCUCACCAUCUCUUCGAUGAUGAAAGAUUUAAAGAAAAGAAGAGCCAAGAAAUAUUUCACCUGCACUCAGUGUGGAAAGAGUUUCUCAUUCAAACAUCAUCUUGUGCUUCACAUGAGAGUUCAUACUGGAGAGAAACCAUUCACUUGUAAUCAGUGCGGGAAGAGCUUCACACAAUUAUCAACUCUUAAAUUACACAUGAACAUCCACACUGGAGAGAAACCUUACAAGUGUUCACACUGUGACAAGAGAUUCAGUCAUUCAGGACAUCUGAAAACACAUGAGAGGAUCCACACUGGAGAGAAACCGUACACAUGUGAUCAAUGCGGGAAGAGUUUCACACGAAAAGAAAACCUUAUAAGGCAUAUGAGUGUUCAUACUGGAGAGAAACCAUUCCCUUGUGAUCAAUGCGGGAAGAGUUUCACACAAUCAGCAACCCUCAAAGAUCACAUGAGGAUCCACACUAGAGAGAAACUGUACACAUGUGAUCAAUGCGGCAAGAGAUUCAGUCAGUCAUCACAUCUGAAAACACACGAGAUGAUCCACACUGGAGAGAAACUGUACACAUGUGAUCAGUGCAGCAAAACAUUUUUGAGAGCUUCAAACCAGAGAACACACCUGAGAGUUCAUACAAAGGAGAAGCCACAUUCAUGUUAUUUGUGUGGAAAGAGCUUUUCACAUCUACAAAGUUUGAAAGAACAUCAGAAAAUACAUACUGGUGUGAGAGAGUACAUGUGCUUUGAGUGUGAAAAGACUUUUACAACAGCAAACAGUUUAAAACAGCAUGAGAUUAUCCAUACUGGAGAGAAACCUUACAAGUGUUCACACUGUGACAAGAGAUUCAGUCGGUCAGGACAUCUGAAAACACAUGAGAGGAUCCACACUGGAGAGAAACCGUAUCACUGCACUGCAUGUGGGAAGUGUUUCAGUCAUUCAUCUUUUUGUACCUAUUUACCACAAAAUUCCUCAACUACACCAUUAGCUUGCAUGUGA